GCCGGACACGUAAGAAUUUCUAUCAAACUGGACGGUCACGAUCACAAAGCAGAAACCUUUCAAAUAGAUUUCGUUUCCAUAUAAAUAGGAAAAAAAGGAAGCGACCAGGACCACCGAAUAUCAUCAGAUUUCCGAUUAUUAUAAGAGAAAACGACGGAGGUUCGAUAGAUUUCGCCGCAAGCUAGAUUCGUUGGAGAUAUCACCGGAGCCGAUUACCUCGACGGAAGUGUUACCGGAGCUGAAUCUCCUCAUUUUUUCCAAGCAUGAAGAGACGAAGAGCGGCGAGGAAAUCAUCGGCGACGGUGGCUGUUAGCGAUUGGGAGGGUUUAGAUUCCGGCGAAGAGACGAGAACCGCACGGAGGUUGAUGAAGUUCGAGGAAUUGCCUGGGUAUUUGAAGGACAACGAGUUUAUUCACGACCAUUAUCGAUGCCAAUGGUCUCUCAGAGAUACUUUCCUCAGUGCUUUCUCUUGGCACAACGAGACUCUCAACAUCUGGACGCACUUGAUCGGAUUUAUGUUGUUUAUGUGGAUGACGGUGGUGAGUUCCUUGGAGACGACGGAGCUUGGUCUCGCCGGAAUAGUCAACGGCAUGGCUGGGGCGUGGAUGUACUCCUCGAGCAAUCAGACUCGGCUUCAUCAUGAUUCCAACGUGACACAACGCAUCUCCCUCCUUAACACUCAAGGAGAAGUGAACCAUCACAGCCACCAAGAAGCUGUUCCGAAAUGGCCAUGGCUGGUGUACUUGGCCGGAGCAAUGGGCUGCUUAAUCUGCAGCUCCGUUUCACACCUCCUCGCUUGCCACUCGAAACGUUUCAACCUCUUCUUCUGGCGAUUAGACUACGCAGGGAUCUCACUCAUGAUCGUCUCCUCUUUCUUCGCACCCAUCUACUACGCUUUCUCCUGCCACCCUAACUUCCGACUCCUCUACUUGUCCUCAAUCUCAUUCCUCGGUGCCCUCGCCGUCAUCACUCUCCUCUCUCCAGCUCUCUCGACGCCGCGUUUCAGACCUUUCAGGGCAACUCUUUUCCUCGCGAUGGGAUUCUCCAGCGUGAUUCCAGCUUCUCAUGUGCUCUGCCUUUACUGGGGUCAUCCUAACGUGUUCAUCGCACUCGGCUGCGAGCUAGCCACCGGAGUCUCUUACGCGUUAGGAGCAGCGUUUUAUGUGAGCCGUGUCCCUGAGAGGUGGAAGCCUGGAGCGUUUGAUAUCGCGGGUCAUAGCCAUCAGAUAUUCCACGUGUUUGUAGUUUUGGGUGCUCUUGUUCACUGUGUUGCCACUCUUCUCAUUGUGGAUUUUCGACGAGCGUCACCUUCUUGCGGGGUUUAAGCCCAGAGGGUAAGCAAUUUGUGAUGUUAGAAAUAGAAGCAAGUGUAAUUGCGAUUGCAAGAUCUAUAAUGCUUCAUGAUUAUUAAGCAGAGUGUAUGUAACAUAGAGGACAUUUAUCACUGGAUGACUCUGUUUCUUUGGAGAUCAAACAUGUUCUUCACGAACGAUGUAGCUACAAAUCAUUUUUAUGACGAGCAUUUUUUAUAUAAUACAUACCUAUGCAACAUGGAAACUCUAAGGUAGUUUCGGAAAUAUUUAUAAAAUUUUUCAAAAUUUGUUGGAAACACGA